AGCCUCAGUAUCGCAUUUGUCCUCUCACAACCAACUCUCUUCUUCACAGAAUCUGGAAAAACUGCAGUCGUCCAUCUACCAGGCAAUAUCAGCCACCAAUAAUAAACCAAGUCCGGAAAAAGUAGGGAGACGACCAGAAAACUUCCCUUCAUUUCACCAGCCGACGCACUCUCACCCCAACCCUCGUUCCUCGUUCAGUCUAUUUUGAGACGAGUUCGGAUCCGUAGGAGGAAAAUCGCUGCUUUUUUAAAGGCGAAAUCUAAAUUUAAAGUCUGGAAAAGUUUUGUCACUCUCGCUCUCUCUUCCACUUCCACACACAAAGAACAGUUAGUUUUGGACUUGUUUUUCGUGGCUUAUACAGUUCCCUCACAUUCGGUUUUGUUGAACUUGACUUGGAGAGUUGACAACUGCUUGUCUUUGUCACCUUGUCGUUGGAAAACUGUUUGAAAACAAACCAUUCCGUCCAUUUUGUCGCUGAUUUUGCUGAUUUGCCUUCUCGUAAUUCAAAACAAAGUCGCAAACCAUGGCUGCCUACGCUCAUAUUCGUCACAUUGAACUGGACAAGAUUGGAAAUGGAAAGAAAAGAGUUCAAGUGCAACCCCCCGGGGGUGAGUGCCACGACAUAUUUGGGUCCGACGAUUUCGUUGCACUCGAGACGGUGCCGCAUCACAGAAUCACGAGACCACCGGGUGGUGAGUCGAGCGACAUUUUUGGCUCUUCUCCGACCAACACUCCACCCACUACUCCGAGGAAGGUGAAGAAUUACAUGGCUUCCUCCAUCUUUGGCUCGACCGAAGGGCAACAGGUGAAGGCCAGGGUCCGUCCAGAUGGGGACUCUUUUAACCGUCUUUUUGGAGCCAAGGAGGGUGGAGACGUGACUGACUCCCCCAAGAAAGACCACCAGAAGAGCAACAUCAUCUUCAAGGAGGGUGGAAAAGUGAACGGACAUGCCGCCACUAUUGGCGUUGUCGUUCCAAACGGGGAUGCUGGACUUAUCGGAGCGACGAAUGGAAUCUCGGUCGCCAAUGGAACCAAUGGACACACUGUUGCCACCAAUGGCGUUGUGGUCCCAAGCAACGGACAUUACCAUGGAGGUAGUGGCAGCACUGGAUCAUUGUCUGGACCAAGCUCUGGAUCAAGCACUCCGAAUGGAUCGAUCAAUGGGGAUUACAAGAGCAAUGGAAAUGGAUCUACUAACGGAGGAAUGCCGGUUACUCCAUCGCGACGAAUUCCUCCAGGAGGAUACUCUACCAAACUUUGGUAGACACAGGAUUCAAACAGGAUGAUAAUGCCGUUUUCAACACUCCAACGUACGUUUUCAACACGGCAAUCUUGAACACUACUACGAUUACUACUACCACUCACUACUACUUUUUGAAGGAAUAAAAACGACGUCCAAUGUAAACUGAAUUGCUAACUUUAAAAGAAAUCCAAUCUGGAAGACUUGACUUUGUAACAUAAUGUUUGUUAAUUAUUACUUUGAGUACUACUUAUUAGUUACCAAACAUUUUCCAGUGAAGUAAAUAAGUAAUUUGUAGUAUUCCGAUAAGAGUGGCUACUUUGGUCACGCAACAUAUUAUAAAUACAUGAUUAUUACAGUAGCAUAAUACUGUAUCACUAUUAUCAAGAAUAACUGUUAGCUAUAACUAUAAACAUAGCAUCUUAUUAAAAUUCACAGUGUCGAUUCGAAAUUAUGCAUUUUUCAUUGUAAUCUUAUUCAAUUUUAAUCAUAGGAAAUGAAAUGCCACUCGGUCUGGUCUAGAUUAAGUUGAUUUAGAAUUUGUGACUAUUGUGUAUGUGUUUUCUAUGCUGUCUUAAUAAAUGGGUGCUUGAUUUAGAAAAUACAUAACA